GAAAGAGCUGCUGUGUUGAGGCCGAAAACUCAGACACAAGCAGGACCCCUGGACGAUACUAGAGUACCUCCGUGGAAGGAAUAUACUUUACUGGACGCUGGGAAGGCAUUUUAACUCGCCGAGCUUCAGCGGAGCACUGACCGAGUCUCCCUGCUCCUGCUGUCGAGGCCGCCGCGAUUCUGUUUCUCCCGUCCGACUGUGUGUCGUUGCCUGCUGGUCACAGUAAUCCAGACCCGUUGCUAUUAAUGAGAUUGAGAGGAGACCAACCUGUCUGAGAUUUAAGUCUCUAUCCAGCCCGGAGGAAACAUAACGGCUCAGCUGUUGCUGCUGGUAGCUGGGGCUAACAGCUGAGGCUGCCGGACCGGAUAAACAUCCCGAUAAAGCUCCAACUACAUGGAACAAAUCAGCUGCGGACCACCGUCUCAUUUUGCGCAGGGAGAGCUGCUAUGACUGAUCUAUAGACAACAGUUUUUUUAAGCAUCAUCGUGGGCUGUUAAUGGGGAUAUAUAUUUGACUAAGGCAUCCUAAAAGCAGCAGUUUGAAGCCUCAGUGCCAUGAAUCAGCCUGGACAACAGCUGUUACCCACAUAGAGGUCACUUUACCUCUCUUUCCAUUACUUCAGUCAAGAGGAUGCUGGGAAUUUGUCGUGGGCGCAGGAAGUUCCUGGCUGCCUCUCUCGCUUUGCUCUUCAUCCCAGCACUCACCUGGCUUUACCUGUCAGUUGGAAGCUUUCAAGUGAAGCCCCUCCCCCUGUCUCCAUUGGAAGUUCAAUCAUCAACGCCAGCGGGCGCAGCUGGCGAGCGGCAGGCCUUAGAGCUACGAGUCCGGGCAGUGGAGGAAGAGAACCGGGCACUGCGCCGUGAGCUGAGCCGGCCACCCAGGAGCCCAUCUGCACGCCUUCCAAACACUGGUCACCGUGGCAACCAAAGCCGAACCCAUUCAGAGGAAGGCACCGGCGACAAUGAGGGCCAGAAAGCUGCUGCAGUGGGAAACAGCUCAGACUGUGUGCAGUUACCAGUGGUGGAUAAGUGUGAGACCAUCCACGUGGCGAUCGUUUGUGCAGGUUACAACGCCAGUCGAGACGUGGUGACACUGGUUAAAUCUGUCCUUUUCCACAGGCGGAACCCACUACAUUUCCAUUUUAUCACAGACUCCAUUGCUCAGCAGAUCCUGUCCUCUCUGUUCCAUACCUGGAUGGUCCCUGCUGUCAAGGUUGACUUCUAUGAUGCAGAUGAGUUGAAGUCUGAGGUGUCAUGGAUCCCCAACAAACAUUACUCUGGAAUCUACGGACUGAUGAAACUGGUACUCACUAAGACGCUACCGUCCGACCUGCAGAGAGUUAUCGUCCUGGACACAGACAUCACAUUUGCCACUGACAUCGCUGAACUCUGGGCUGUCUUCCACAAGUUCAAAGGUCAGCAGGUUCUUGGUCUGGUGGAGAACCAGAGUGACUGGUACCUGGGGAACCUGUGGAAGAACCAUCGACCCUGGCCGGCUCUGAGCAGAGGCUUCAACACUGGGGUGAUUUUGCUUCUCCUGGAUCGUCUGCGAAAGCUGAGAUGGGAGCAGAUGUGGAGGCUGACUGCAGAGAGAGAACUAAUGAGCAUGCUGUCCACCUCCCUAGCAGACCAGGACAUCUUCAAUGCUGUGAUCAAACAGAACCCUUUCCUGGUUCACCAGCUGCCCUGCUUCUGGAACGUCCAGCUGUCCGACCACACCCGCUCUGAGAAAUGCUACAAAGACGUGUCAGACCUCAAGGUAAUCCACUGGAAUUCUCCCAAGAAGCUGCGAGUAAAGAACAAGCAUGUGGAGUUUUUUCGGAAUCUCUAUCUUACCUUUCUGGAGUACGAUGGCAACCUGCUGCGACGAGAGCUGUUUGGAUGUCCCAGCGAGGCUGACCACAACAGUGAGAACCUUCAGAAGACUCUGUCAGAGCUGGAUGAAGAUGAUCCUUGCUACGAGUUCCGUCGAGAACGAUUCACCGUCCACCGAACACACCUCUACUUCCUCCACUAUGAGUAUGAGCCCAGCUCUGACAACACUGACGUCACUCUAGUUGCCCAACUCUCUAUGGACAGGCUCCAGAUGUUGGAGGCUAUAUGUAAACACUGGGAAGGUCCAAUCAGCCUGGCCCUGUAUCUGUCCGACGCUGAAGCCCAGCAGUUUCUGCGCUAUGCUCAGGGCUCCGAGGUGCUGAUGAGCCGCGGGAACGUCGGUUACCACAUCGUCUACAAAGAGGGACAGUUCUACCCAGUCAACCUGCUGCGUAAUGUGGCCAUGCGGCAGGUCAACACACCUUACAUGUUCCUAUCAGACAUCGACUUCCUGCCCAUGUAUGGCCUGUAUGAGUACCUCAGGAAGUCAGUGGUGCAGCUGGACAUGGCCAACGCCAAGAAAGCUUUGGUAGUACCAGCCUUUGAGACGCUGAGAUAUCGUCUUUCGUACCCAAAGUCCAAGGCUGAGCUGCUCUCUCAGCUGGACAUGGGCACACUCUUCACCUUCAGGUACCAUGUGUGGACUAAAGGCCACGCACCAACUAACUUUGCCAAAUGGCGGACCGCCACCACGCCCUACAAGGUGCAGUGGGAAGCCGACUUCGAGCCCUAUGUCAUGGUGAGGAGGGACAGUCCUGAGUAUGACCGCCGCUUUGUGGGCUUUGGCUGGAACAAGGUGGCUCACAUCAUGGAGCUGGAUGCACAGGAGUAUGAGUUUGUGGUUCUGCCCAACGCUUACAUGAUCCACAUGCCUCAUGCGCCCAGCUUCGACAUCACCAAGUUCCGCUCCAACAAGCAGUACCGGGUCUGCCUCAAGACCCUGAAGGAGGAGUUCCAGCAGAACAUGUCGCGGCGCUACGGCUUUGCCGCCCUAAAAUACAUGACGGCUGAGAACAACAGCUAGCCACCACUGCAGACCCUCACACCCCCGGCCCUGAACUACUGACACACUGCAUGGGCUGGGCUGGGCUGGGGUGGGAGGAGG